UAAGCGGGAAUGUAAGUAUCACAUUAAACUUACCGCAGCUACGCUCUGAAGUUGUGAAUAGACCUUAAUAUUUAAAUAUCUCAUCUCUACAGUUUUUUUAAUGUAGAAAAUCUUCGAUUCUUUUUAAAUCUUGAAUAAUUCUCUCAACUUACUUGAUUUCUAUGUCCAUUAAAAAUUAAACUCUUUCAUUUUUGAUGCCCAGACGUACUUCGACUCCAAUCUCGAGUUUUGCUUGUCGAUUGGUUGAUAUCUCGACCUGUCGAGUGUCGACCACCUUUUCUGUUUCUUCUUCUUGAUUUCUUGUACUUACUUCGUAGUUCGUACUUCGUAGUCUGCUAUUUUCUGUGAUAUGACCUUUGAAUUGCUAUGAUGAAAAUCAUAAGAAACAUUCACUAAUAUUCAUUAAAACUAAGAAGAACUGAAUAUAAUCUAGUAGGAGAGACAAUGGGUGGACACAGCAAGAUACAGAUUCCUGAUUAUAAAAUCUAUCGAGUUGAAGAUGUACCUGAGCUAAUGAAAGUAAAGGAGGCCUUAGCCAAGAAAGGCCUCAAGGACCCAUGGCUACGGAAUGAAGUUUGGCGCUACCAUCCAUCGUUUGGUGGCUCAAAGAUGAACAAUUUGAAAAUAAUUUUCGGUCGUGGCUUCAAGGCGGGUGUGGCGCUGACCGCCGCUUCGAUCGCGCUCGAGUACGCCUACGCGGCGGCGUUCCCCUCCGACGAUCACCACGGCCAUCACGCCGAGCACCACUAGUGUUAACAAUUAGUUCAAAUGCAAUGCUCUACUAGGAAAUUAAUUGAAUCAUUAUUAUCAUUCAACAACUUAUAAAAUAGUGUUAUUGUUACAAUAAAUACAAACUGAUAUCUUAUUUGAUAA